UGCCCCUCGGACACAGCGGAUCACCGAUCCAUGGAAACAGCCGAAGAUGUCGGCUCGGUCAUGUGAUCAGCUGUGUCUAAUCACAGCUGAUCACAUGGGACAUGUACACUGAUCAUCAGAGCACUGAUGAUCAGUGUGCCCUGAUGAUCUAUAUAGCCCCAGCAGCGCCACCUGUGUCCAUCAGUGCCUUAUGUCAGUGCUCAUCCAUGCCACCUGCCAGUGCCCAUCAGUGCCACAUUUCAGUGCCACAUCAAUGCCACAUAUCAGUGCCCAUCUGAACUGCCUUUCAGUGUCAUCCAUCAGUGCCAGUCAGUGCCACCAAUCAAUGCCAGUCAGUGCCACCUAUCAGUGCUGCCAGUCAGUGCCACCUAUCAAUGCUGCCAGUCAG